AGAGAUGCUGCCUGUGUGCUACAAGUUCGACUAAUGUAAAAUGUGAUGAUCUUACCAAGUUUUCCUUAGCGACUAAGGCGACAUUCAGACAUUCAUCUGCACACACUGCUCCCGCUCAUUCUUUGCUUCGUCGUUUGAACCACAACUCCUUUCAAACCAAUUCAUCCCGAGGAUACAGCACAAGGAAAGGAAACACGGAUUUAAGCUGAGAAGGAUGAGACAGGCCUAAAGGAGACCACCUACAUCAAAAGACGCUACAAGAAUUAGGCUAACCCAAUGGAGGACAUGGAUGCCAACAUUUCAUCUACUGGGUUUGAGCCUCUCUUCAUCAGUGAAGAGGACGGGGAGGCAGACAGAAACCUCAUGGAACAAAGCGAGUUCAACACUGCACAAUCUGGACUCACCUUCACAGGAACACAGCUAAAUCCAUCAGCUUUAAUUAAACCAUACUUGCAGGAGAUGGAUGACUUACUGAAGAGCUGUGAGGAGCUCACUGGUAUUCCUUUUGGCUCUCGAUUCUCAGAAAGUUACACAGAAACAAGCAUGAGCGAAUCAAUUCACGGUCAGAGCAAAGAGGUACUUACGAUGGAGAGCUACAGAGAAACAAGUGCGUCUCCGCAAGCGUAUCUUUCCACAAGCUACAUCGACACACACAUGGAUGGGGCUGAACCAGAAGACCCGCCAGCACAAGGGCAGUUGCAAGGCCUGGACACCAUCAUCAACAGGUGUGGAGUGACCACAGAAGUUUCUCGCCAGACAGAAAUGCCUCUCACUUCAGUGGGCAGCAAACUGAGUGAAACUAUGGUGGAGUAUGAGGGCCAGCUGCUGGGAAUGUUGGCCAUGCUGGAGAGCUGUAUGGAAGAGGCUGGGAUGGACUUUGAGCCGCAAGACUGGGCUACAGAAUCAAGCCACGAAUAUGUACACAUCAAUAAAAAUCCUCAUCUUUACAGGGGUACAACACUGGUGCCCAUUCAGCAAGAGAGGCCUGUGAAGUUGGAGACAGAGCCAAUGCAAUUAGAAUCGUGGGCUGCUCAACGUCCAGAGGGAGAUAAAGUUUCCAAGGACGGCAGAAAUGGAGUGACAGUAGGUUCAGCAACAAAUAGCAGGCAGCAGAAGCCGUUAGAGCCAUUAGAUGGUAACAAAAAUGAUCCUAUGUACUGUGAAGGGACAAAGAUGAGAUAUAUGUUUCAUGAAGGCACAGAAACAAAAGGAGACAUAACUGGGACUGAAGUGGAUGACACUGAAAUGCCAGCUGAAGAGAGACCAGAGGCCAAGAUGGACACAGCUGAUCUGAGAUCCGAUAUGAAGGAAUUAGGGGAGUUGGGGUCUCAGAUGGAGGAGUGCAUCAAGGAAGUACAGCAGCUAGAGAAGAGGAGGAAGGAGCUGCUGGCAGAGGUGCUGGAGUUGAGAGGGAAUAAUAAAAGAGAGGAGGCAGAGGGGAGCAAUGAGGAGGAAGAAAUGACAGAAGAGCAAAUUGACAGCAAAGUGGCAGAGCUAAUGAAUAUAGUGAGGAGUGAGGAAGAGGGAAGAAGGGAGGAGAGGAAGAGGGAAAUACAGAGCCUCAGGGAGGAGAGAGCAGAGGAGGAGAGGAGGAUGUGGAAGAUCAACCUGGAGAGACAGGGGCUGCAAGAUGAGAUCAGAAAGCUGAAAAGGAAGCUCUUCGCCAUGGUCAGGGACUGUACCCACAGUCAGGCCUCCCUGAACAACCAGCGCCGUGAGGUGGAGCUGCUAAAGAGAGAAGAGGAGAAGCUGCAGUCCCUGGUCCUACAGCUAACAGAAGAGGGCUGCCAGUUCAGGUCAGACCAGAAACAACAGCUAUUAGAACUACAAGCAGAGCUUCAUGCCCAGACCUCCAGUCAGACCUCCAACACCCAGGAGGAGCUGACCGAGUGCAGGAGACACUCCUGUGGGGACAUCCAGCAGUAUGUGCAGGGUGGGCUGAGAGCCCUGGAGGACAGGUAUGAACCCAUUUUGCUGGCAUUGCUGAAGAGGAGAGAGGCUACAGCUGGAGCGCUGGUGAAAGCCAAAGAGCAGGCCCAGGAGCUGAGGGCCCAGCUCAGACCCCUCAGGGAGGAGAUCCAAAAGCUGAAGCUCCAGAGGGCUUGUUUGGAGGAGAAACUCAAACUCAUCCACAUGCAACGGAGAGAGGACGUGGGGCAGUACAAGGAGACAGUGUACGGUCUGGAGGAGAGCAGCCGAGAGCUAAAGACUGAGCUGAAUAUUCAGAAGAAAAAAACCAAAGAGAUAGAGGAGUUGAGAGACAGCCUUGCCAAACAACUCCUCCUUUACAGGGCUGCCAUUGAGGACCAUAACAAACAUGGCCAUGAGGAGAAAACAUGAUCUUGUUUUUAAAAAUCAAGCACAUACCUGUCGUGGACACUGCUGAGUGAUUUAAUAACAAACUGAUGUUUAUUUUUUAUCUGCAACAUAGUGAACGCCAAGGUUCAAUUAAUGCACUUUACACACAUUAAGAGACUUGCUGUUGUUGAAACACAUAAAACUAAGAUAGCCAACGUUUUUCAGAACAGUCUGUACAGAUGAACGAGACUGCUGCUUGUAGAAAGGUUUUUGUUAUGAAUAAAGGCUUUGUGCUUCUUGUAA